CCGAAGCGUGUGAACGUGAUUUUAGGCUUUUCGCUGGUUCUCCUCGACUCCUCGAUUUUCCCGAUUUCGGCGCAGUGGGAAAAGCCCCCCUGCACAAAGAAAAACAGAAGCGGGACCCCAGAGGUCGCGGAAACUGCAUACGAUUUGCAGUUGUGUGGAAAUAUGGACUUUACCACUAAUUUUCAUAGCCCUGCGAGUGAGUGUGAGCGUGCGAGUGUGAAAUCUGCGUAAAACAUUGCCAAAUCCUUCGACAGAUUUCUAUUUGCACCUAUUUUGCAUUCGACAUUUGGCAUUUGCCAUCGACGCGAGUGUCAAUCGAGUGAAAGUAAACAAUGGUGCGGACCCAAGUGGAUAGGCGAUCGCAGAUCGCUAAACCAAUAACGAGCGAUGUCCUUUGGCGCUUGCUGCUGAUCCUGGUGGUGGCUCUGCCCCUAGCUAGUGCCGGAUUCGGCUUUGAUUCGGCCAACUCCUGCAGUCCCAACGGCAAGCUGUCGCGACGUGGUCGUGCCCAGAUGCUGGCUGCGAUCCCCUGCGACCUGGGACAGCAGGCCUUCUGCCAUUUGCCCGGAUCCGCGUAUCCGUGGCACGCCGUCCGAAGAUUUGUGCACGAGAACCAGGGCCUGAUGAAGCGCAUGUACGGCGAUGUGAGGCACAUCUCCAUUCUGCGGGACGAGAUCCAGAACAACGAGGUGGAUGCGGACGACAUUGAAGAGGCGGCGGAACGGUACAGCAAGGAUGGAGGUCGGCGCAGUGCCAAGUAUCUGAUGAACCGGGAUCGGGAUGAGUUCGGAAGCUUCAAGAACAACGAUGUGCUCAUGGAGCCCCACUUUCGACCGGUUUCCACGAGUACAACGAGUACGACCAAGGCGACGACGACCACAGCUACUCCCACAGAAGUGAGUAGCACCACGGAUAGAACUCCCAGUGAAGUGGUUAGCACUACAACACCUGGAAAUGCCACCAAUUCAAGUACAACAGGCAAGCCCACUGCCGUUCCACCUACUCCCGAACAACCCGAAGUUGAGGCGGACAUUGUGGAGAUCCAACCCAGUCCAGAGUCGAACAGCGUCUACGAAGUGGUGCCCUCUGCCGCUCCAUCGACCACUUCCACUGCGAAACCUUCGCCGGCAGUUGGUGAAAAUAUACAGAUCAUCGACUCGCCGCAGCUGGGAUUGCGUAACCUCAGCGGAGAGGCGAAGCCAACCCAGGAGCCACCCACUGCCACCACUUUGAGGCCCACUUCUCUGCCCAAGAGCUCGGCGGUUUCAGCCAGCAGGAGAAGGAAGCCCGUGGAGACAACCACGACACCAGCCAGUCCAAAAACCUCCAGCACCGUGCCGCCUCCAACCACCACCACGUCCACCUUGCUGAUCCGACGCAACGUAACCAAGUACUCACCCGCAUCCGUGACCACGCCCGUGAGCUUCGCCUCGCUCUUCUCCGGCACUUCCAGUGGGCUCUUCAGUCCGGAGAAGCUGCGCAGGCCAUUGACCACCAGCAGUACGAGUGCUCCAGUUCCAGCUCCAGCUCCUGCCGCAGGUGGACCCCCAGCAGGAGCCACCGGUAGUGCCACCAAGUCGGGACUGCUGAGGGAGGGGCAGCUGUUCCAGGAUGCCAUGAAGCAGGAGCCCGUGGCGGUGGCCAACAACUUGCGGGGAGUAAAUGCCUGUCCCGUCAAGGACGAAGUGGUGGCCCCCUUCUGGGCGAACAACACCCGGGGCGAGGUCUUGGCCCUGCUCAACCUCUACCCCUUCGAGCAGUACGUCCACUGGGAGAAGUGCACCCACGAGUUCAAGCAGAUGUUCUGCCGGGAUGGAUGCAGGUGCGAACAGCAGUACCGCCUGCACCGGCUGCUGGCCUACGAUCCGCACAACGAGUGCCGCGGCAUCUUCUCCGACUGGUUCCGCUUCCCGUCCAGCUGCAUCUGCAAGUGCUACAACAUCCCGAUGGAGUUCCGGGCCACCUCGCGCAGUCCCCGCUCCGACAGCCGCUUCGAUGCCCCGAAAUCCGAUCCCAUCGAGGCGGCGGAGGCGGAAGUCCAGAGAGCCAUCUACGAACACGCCACGGAUGAGUGGUACCGCCCACGCGAUGAGUUCGACUUCCUGGAGGGGUAAUCCACACGCAUCCCCUCCGGCGAUCAAUUGUACAGUAGCUAUAGAUUUGAUAGAAAUAAGCUGCACAUCCCAUCUUCAAUCUGAGUCACAGUUUCGUCUGUCUUCUAGUCUAUAACUAAACUCCUUUCAAAAAACAUACAACCCCUAUAUCUGUUUCCGAUCACUUUGGGAGGAUUUUGAAUUGAUAAAGUUCCAUCAGCUACGACAAGGGACUAUAAAUUGGUCAGUUCCCAAUCCACCUUCCUUUGAUCAGAGUUGGCAUAACCAUUAACCUUAAGUUUACUUUAAAAAGCGGCAUUAUGUUAAUGUAAAUAUAGGCCAACAUAAUGCCGAAUUUAGGCAACAACUUGCAGAGCGAAUGUACCUUGAAAUACUUGCGAACGGAUCGCAGCCAUUGAGCUGCGUACGAUGGUAUUUACUAGUUAAUUUAUUUAUUAACUUAAUUUAUUUAUUCAUAUAUUAGCCAUAAGUAUAACCAUAAAAGUGGCCAUAGCAUUAACCCCAAAUCUUUUUAUAGAUCCCAGAUUAAAGUGUAGGCGUUUUUGAAAAAUAUUUAUUGCAAAAAUGUAUGCGAUCAUAUAUUAAUGUAGUCUGUAUAUUUAGAAUGCUUACGUAUGUAUAAAAUAGAUUUUAUUGUAUUUAAUACGUUGAUAUAUUACUGUUUACUCUUUAGUGCAUACAAGGGUACGCUGAUAAAUUAGAUUUAUAAAUUGUAUUUAUGUAAGGGAAAGGGUUUCCUUUCUUAGCAAUUUAAAGGCGUUUCAGGCACUUCAUUUCAGUUUAACCGUUUACCAUUUAAGGCUAGUGAUAGCUUUUUUUGUCAAUCACUCAAUUAAAUAAAACUUCUAGUGUUGCUUAA